AUGACCAUGAAGGAGGUAGUCUCUCGUAGUAAGGUGUCGGGAUGCAUCAACAGAUGUCGCCAGUCUCGCUACCUCCUUGUCGUCAUCGUUUUCAUCGCACUUUUCUUAGACAGCAUGCUCCUUUCCGUUGUCGUGCCCAUCAUACCAAAUUUCCUGAGGAAACUGGAGAGUCCUUACGAAUAUAUGAAUAAAACAGUGAACAAAACUGCCCUAAUUACCACGUGUGUUCCUAUGAAUGUGACGUCACAAUCAAAUAUCCAAAGACUAGUCAGUACCUACAACAAGAGGUUUAGCUAUGCAGAGAGUCAGAACAGAAAGGACUGCGUUAACCAGACAAUGAACGAAACAAUUCAAGAUGUGGAUGAAAUUCAAAUUAAGACUCGACGACAU